AUGGGCCAAUUUGCGACCCAAUUGAACGCGAGGCCAGCCGGUACACUACCGUCAAAUACGGAAGACCCUCGAAAGAGCACCAACGAGCAAUGCAAAGCCGUCAGUUUGAGGAAUGGAAGACAACUAGAAGAAGUGGCGAAGAAGGCAACAAGCAAGGAUUUGGGGAAGCAACAAGAAAAAGAAGCGGAAACUCUGACAGAUCCACCAGGUGAGAAAAGGGUCGUUGCGCCUAAGCCGACCCCUCAGGUACCUUAUCCUCAACGUCAGAUAAAGGCGAAAAAUGAGUCGUAUUACAAAAGUUUUCUUGAGCAAUUGAAUGAAUUACAUAUUAAUAUUCCUUUUACUCGAGCACUUGAACUAAUGCCUCAUUGGGUGAAAUUUUUGAAAGACAUGGUAUCAAAGAAACGGAAAUUCGGUGAACAUGAGAUGAUAGCUUUAACCGAACAAUGCAGUGCCAUUCUUACUCGCCCAAUUCCACCAAAGCUUGGAGACCCGGGUAAGUUUACGAUUCCAGUCGCUAUCGGAGGUAAGUUCUUUGCAAAAUCUCUCAUAGAUUUAGGUGCGAGCAUUAAUCUCAUGCCUUUCUCAGUUUUUCAAAGUUUGGGAUUAGGAGAUAUAAAAUUGGUAUCGGUGACUUUACAGUUAGCCGAUAGAUCACUCAUAUACCCAAAAGGAAUAGUAGAGGAUGUGUUAGUUAAAGUAGAUAAAUUCAUCUUUUCUGCAGAUUUUGUAGUUCUUGAUAUGGAAGAACAUAAAGAAAUUCCCUUGAUUUUGGGAAGACCUUUUUUGAGAACGGGUAGAACUAUAAUUGAUGAAUAUAAUGGAAUUUUAUCUAUGUCUUUGGGGGAUGAAACGAUUAAAUUUGAUGUUUUCCGUACAAUGAAACACCCUCAAGAGGGUGAUGAAUGCUUUGCUUUUGAUGUGUUAUAUCAAUUGAAUUUUGAUUUUGUUGAACCUUUAAUUGCGGAUCCGUUGGAAGCCUCUUUGAGUGUAAGAACAUCAGUUGAGGAAGAAGCAAUGACGGAACAAUUAUGUUGGUUGGAUUCAGCAAAGCCGCUGUCAAGACCACGCUUUGAGAGUUUGGAAACGGAGAUCAUCGGUCACUUUUAA